AUGGAUAGCAAUAUCGUUAAAAACGGGUCUAAUACUAGUAGUUUAGCUGAUAAUACCGGGGAUAGUAAUUCUUUUACUAAGGACUUUUCAGAUCUAAUGGCAGAACUAAAAGGUGGUAAUCGUAAUAGUAGUAGACUAUCUGGUAGCUCCAGUUUAAUACUAGGUGAUGAAGAGGUAAUGGACAAAAUAUUUGAGGAUUCAGAAGAUAGUAUAUCAAAUGAACCUACAGAAGAUGUCCGUAGUGUCGCAUCCAGUCAUAGUAAUGAUUUUGUUGAUAACUUAGAUGAAGAAACAAAUCAGAUGGUAGAAAUCGAUAACGUGAAUAAAAAUUCCAUUGAUGAAUCGGAAGAUGUUGUGAUGGAAAGUGAACCAGAAACAGAAAAUACUAAUACGACGGUUGAAAACCUUGAUCCAACUUCAACAAAGGAGAAAAGAAAAAUGGUACCAGUAGAUAUUGUUUGGGAACAAGGUGGAGAUAAAGUAUAUGUGACUGGUUCUUUUACCGGUUGGACGAAAAUGAUAGGGUUAUUACCAAUACCGAAUAAAUUAGGAAUAUUGCAUGUUCGAUUACGACUCCCACCAGGUGUGCAUAGAUUUAGAUUUGUGGUGGAUAAUGAACUUCGUUACAGCGAUUUUUUACCAACCGCAACAGAUCAGAUGGGGAACUUCGUUAAUUAUUUAGAAGUUAGAUCAACAGAUAGUACUGAAUUCACAUCUCAUUUGGAUGAUGAUACCGAUGAUAAUAAAGAACAAAACCGUAUAUCUGCUUUUAAACUUAAGAAAAUGAGUCAACAAUCAAGAAUUGCGUUGAAGAUUAAAAAUGAGCCUGAUAAUGUUGGAGAUGGGUUUAUGAGGUUUUAUGAUGAAGAAUUAAAAGAACCUGAACCUGAGUACACCAAUAAAUUACCCUCAAUAUUUACAGAUCCAAGAAUCAUGGAAAAAUAUUAUACUAAAUUAGACUAUGAAAGAACCAAGAAUAGAUCAGGGGGUAUGUUACCUGCUCAACUCCCUCCUCAUUUAGAAUAUGCAAUUCUGAACGAUUUCCCAAAUAUUGCGUCAACUACAAAUGAAAUUGCACAUGGGGGUUCAUUGCAUACUCCUAACCAUGUUGUGUUGAACCAUUUAUUGACUAGUAGCAUUAAACAUGGUACCUUGGGUUUAGCAACUGCUGUUCGUUACAAAGACAAAUAUAUUACCCAAGUGUAUUAUUCACCCAUAAAGAAAUGA